GUAAAUGAGCCCUAUCCAACCCCGCUGGGUGCACCGAACUUGGGGAGUCGAAGGCCCCCUCCCCCCAUCACCAUCACAGCCAGGAGAACCCGCCUUUCCCUUUACCUCAACAACGCCCUCCUUUACCUCCUCCUCCCUCUCCACCCACCCGCCAACAUCCCUGAAUCCGAACAUUUGCGUCACCUGGCCUUUGCGAGCUUCCUCUGAAAUCUGUUGAUUUGCCUCAGGUCGCGGAGUGCAAUCGGGUGGCUCUGGCGCUUUCGAAUCCCCCGCCCCAGCCUGCCACUAAGCGACACGGAGAUCCUUUAGAGCGGACCAACUACGCUCGCCCUAUACCGAGCCUCCACGCCGUUCAGUCCGGUCUUCUUUGCACUUCAGACACCAAUUGUCCUUUCCCAGGUCAAAGAGGUCCUUCCAAACAAUUCCUCCCGCCCCCUCGCCCAUUCGCCUGCCGUCCAAGUAACCCUGGCUAGAGUGCAGCGCCCGCCUGCACUAGCACCGAGAAUACCAGUGGAGUACAUGUGGCUGUCCACACCGGCGUGAAAAUGAAGGGCUUCAGACAGAGAGUGCAUGAGCAGUUGUCGCGGGCAAAGGACGCCAACAAAUCUUCGAAAAAGAAGGACUCCUCCAACUCUUCAUCUCAGAGCCCAGCUUCCCUCGGCAUUUCCCAAGCACAGCAGUCGGCAUCCCCAGGCCAAGGCACCCCGACAUCCUCCACAACCUCCUUGAAUGAUGCGCGAGGCAAGUCGCCGGAUAAUGCUUCCCCGGCUGGUACCCCGUCCGCGGGCGCCACGCCGGCCCAGCACUAUAUACCUCCAGGAGCCGGCAUCGCUGGCCAGCCCAUCAUCAAUGGCCCGGGUACUCCAACAAGGCAGGGUCAGCCAGUUGCGCCUAGUGUGAUCAUCAGCCCUAGUGGACCGGCUCCCCCGGGUGCUGCCGAAACCAUGCCCGGAGACCUGGCGCCGCCGAGAAAAUCGCACGUCUUCGAUCGCCUUCAGACGACCCCGAAAGACAUGUCGGAGGGAAUUCGGACCCCCAAGCGCCAGCACUCCUCACGAUUUGAUAUCUCUGACCAGCGUCAGCGAGAGCUGGAGAAGCUACCCGGUUUCCAUGAGGUGGCCCCCAACCGGCGCCAGGACCUCUUCAUGCAGAAAAUUGAUCAGUGCAACAUCAUUUUCGAUUUCAACGAUCCCACUGCCGACAUGAAGUCUAAAGAGAUCAAGAGACUGGCUCUCCAUGAGCUCUUGGACUAUGUCGCCAACAACAGGUCCGUUAUUACGGAGCCUAUGUACCCUCGCGUCGUGGAGAUGUUCGCCAAGAACCUGUUCCGCCCGAUUCCUCCACCUAUGACUCCUCAAGGUGAGGCAUUUGACCCGGAGGAAGAUGAGCCGGUCCUCGAAGUCGCCUGGCCGCAUAUCCAAGUUGUCUACGAGUUCUUUUUGCGAUUCAUUGAGAGCCAGGACUUUAACACAAACAUUGCCAAGGCAUACAUUGACCAUCAAUUUGUGCUUCAGUUGCUGGAUCUAUUUGACUCAGAAGACCCCCGCGAGCGGGAUUUCCUGAAGACCACUCUGCACCGGAUUUACGGCAAGUUUUUGAACCUGCGGUCAUACAUUCGUCGAUCUAUCAACAAUGUCUUCUUCCAGUUCAUGUAUGAGACGGAGAGACAUAAUGGUAUCGCCGAGCUGCUUGAAAUUCUGGGUUCCAUCAUCAACGGAUUUGCACUGCCUCUCAAGGAGGAGCACAAGCUGUUCUUGACUCGGGUCUUGUUGCCGAUGCACAAGGUUAAGAGCCUGAGCAUGUAUCACCCUCAACUGGCAUACUGUAUUGUUCAAUUCUUGGAGAAGGACUCAAGCCUGACUGAAGACGUCGUUCUUGGUUUGCUGCGUUACUGGCCAAAGACCAACAGCACCAAGGAGGUCAUGUACCUCAACGAAGUCGAGGAUAUCUUCGAGGUUAUGGACCCCGGAGAAUUUGCCAAAGUUCAGGAACCCCUCUUCCACCAGCUGGCCAAGUCUGUUGCCAGCCCGCAUUUCCAGGUUGCUGAGCGCGCUCUCUAUUUCUGGAACAACGAAUACUUCUGCAACCUCGUCAGCGAUAAUGUAGAAACCAUCCUCCCGAUCAUGUUCGCUCCUCUUUACGAGAACUCGAAGGGCCAUUGGAACCGCACUAUCCACAGCAUGGUGUACAAUGCCAUGAAGAUGUUCAUGGAGAUUAACCCUCAGCUCUUCGAUGAGUGCUCUCAUGAAUACACCGAACACCAGAACAGCGCCGAUCAACGGGAAAAGACUCGUCAAGAUCGGUGGGACAUGAUCGAACAACAAGCGACCAUGAGGAAGAAUGGCGCUCCUCCCCCACCCGCGCCUGCUCUCAACGUCCCCGAGCCUAUUGACGAGGUCGAGGCCAUGACUAAUGAAAGCCAAAAGCGGUUGAACACCCUCAAGAUCGAGGAAGAACCCGAGGCGCCCAAGGAGCGGCCUGCUCGCGAAGGAACCCCAAACUCGCCUGCGUGAUUCUAACGUGGAAACGUCCGUUUUGCUCCAGACACGACGCCGUGGAUCCGUUCGUGGUGGCAGCAGUUCCCGGAGACGACGGAGUGGUAGCGGUAGCGAGAUUCGCCCGCGACGACGGUCGGUUGGUAGUGGUACCAGUGCCACUAAUGUACAGAUCUUGCAUCGCAGCAAUUCGACCAAAUAAUGCCUCGAACAGUGAUGGGGCCUGUGCUCGUGAACAUGUCUCUUCCCUUGAUUUUCUGCAAAACC